UUAAAUACAUUCGGUUAAUGUGGAACAACCAUGUUGGCUCUCCGCUUGCUUUUACUGCUGCAGUGCAGCCUGUUGGUACUGGCAGGCGUUUGUUUAAUACCGCAGCCCAUUAAGAGGCAGCGCUCGCUUGAGGAUAUAGUGAAGAAUCCCUGGAAGCUUUCACCACGCCUGGAUGGCCGUAUUGUGGGCGGUCAUCGCAUUAACAUCACCGACGCACCACAUCAGGUUUCGCUGCAGACUUCGUCCCACAUAUGCGGCGGCUCCAUCAUAUCGGAGGAGUGGAUAUUAACUGCCGCCCAUUGCACCUAUGGUAAAACGGCAGAUCGGCUGAAAAUACGCCUGGGCACCAGUGAAUUCGCUCGCAGAGGUGAACUGCUGCGGGUGCAGAAAAUCGUCCAGCACUCCCAGUUCAACUACACCAAUGUGGACUACGAUUUCUCCCUGCUGCAGCUGGCGCACCCCAUCAAGUUUGACGAGACCAAAAGGGCUGUCAAGCUGCCCGAGUCGCAGAUGAAAUUCACGGACGGGGAAGCCUGCUUUGUGAGUGGUUGGGGCAACACCCAGAACCUGCUGGAGUCCCGCGAGUGGCUGCGCCAGGUGGAAGUGCCUCUGGUUAAUCAGGAGCUGUGCAGUGAGAAGUACAAGCAGUACGGCGGCGUCACCGAGCGCAUGAUCUGCGCUGGCUUUCUGGAAGGCGGAAAGGAUGCGUGCCAAGGCGAUUCCGGCGGUCCGAUGGUCAGUGAGUCGGGCGAGCUGGUGGGCGUGGUUAGUUGGGGCUACGGCUGCGCCAAGCCCGACUAUCCGGGUGUCUACUCAAGAGUAAGUUUCGCACGGGAUUGGAUCAAGGAGCACAGUGGUGUUUAGACUUCUACGAGUACCUUAGCUUGGAUACAAAUUGCUCCUUAUGCGACUGCUUGCACUAGUGUAUUUCAUCCGCAAUAAAAGGUUAUCAAAUGAUGCCAACC